AACACAUCUUUGCAAAUGGUUCGACUCAGCCAUUUACGCUGCGACCUCCCGGACGAUCCGUGCACCGCGACGUUCCUGCAGUUAUGGCUACAAGGCGGGCACUUCGGCAGACGAUUGUUUUGCAGUGUUGUAUGAGUGUUUGUGCUAUUCCCUUCGAUGGGAAGACUCUCCGCUCGUUCUUGGGGCACAGGACAUCCGGACAGCAUUCGAUACGGUUGAGCAUGUCGGCAUGUUCAGUUGUCUGGCAAUGCGCAAAGCGACGCCCCACCAGGUUUUGGUCCUCGCGCGCAACUACGACAAGUUGCGUGUGAAUAUUACGGUGCCCGGUGUCGCUUCCGCGAACCAGGUUCCGAUGACGAAGGCAAUGCGCACUGGAGGAAAAUACGAGCCUCACGUAUUUGUACUUAUGUUGGACACGGCACUGGAGGAAUUAUCAGCCGAAUGGGAUACCAUGGGGCUCGGUUUCCAGAUGAAGGCCAGUGGCGAGAGGAUCGCAAACGUCAGUUGGGUAGACAAUGUAUUCAUAUUGGCAGCCGACUUGGAACAGUGGCGGCUUAUGACAAGAAGCAUGACAGUUCUGUUGCAACGCAAGUACGGGUGGGAAUGGAAGAGCAGCUCUUUGGAAGUCAUUUCGAAUCGUGUGGAUCUUCCCUCUGCAAAUGUUUUCGUCGACGGGACUCCGCAGAAUUUAAUCUAUAAGCGUAUCGAUGCAAUGGAGGCGCUUGGCGGCGUGCUGUGCCCGUCUGACCCGACUCAUGCAUGAAUUUCGCAUCGCAUGCAGAAGGGCGACAAAUGCCUCUUCAAGUAUCUGAAAGCAUUUCGUGGGAAGGCAUCUGUUGGCUUGAAGCUGGACGCUUACAUGUCAAUGCCUCGUGCGAGCGCAUUGUAUUUGUCGCCCAUCGUUCACUGGACAAGCGCGGCGCUAUGGGACGCCAUCCGGUGGGAGAGGUCGACAUUGAAACGCGUGUUCCGGCUGCGUCCUAAGCCAGGUGAGGGACGCCAGGCUUAUCUGCAUCGCACUGCCAGGAAGAUCGACCAUUGGAUGGAUGUGAAACGUAAGAAACCCAUACAUGUUUGCAUGAUUGAAAGAAUGUGCGUGUUUAUGUGGCGGGAAAACACGACUGCGACCAUUCUCGGACGUAUCAGAACGGACCGGGAUAGACGAUGGUGGGAUGCAAUCAAAGACGUGCCCCGCGAAUGGCGCAGGCAUUUGGGCUUUUCGGCGCACUCUCACCGCGGCAGGCAAAAGAACCAAGACGCAGUCUUCUUUGCAGCAUGGGACCCAGGCUGGCGAGAUCGGUUCAACAUUUUUCGGACACACGAAGAAUACAUGGCCGCGAAGGACUCCUUCGUACAUGAUGCUUGCGCUAGCUUGGGUCUUCCCCAGGUGGCGCGGGGCACCCCUGUGGAAGCCAUCGGCGAGGAUCUUGCAACCCAACCCGCCAAAUGUCACCAGGUGUGGGACCCGGCUCACCUGGCGCUGCUGGUAUCUUUGUGCCGCGACGAACUGCGGGACUUGGGGGCUGAGCGCAUGCAGUUGGAGUUUGUCGUCGACAACCUGACUUUGGCAGAAAUCGGUAAUGGUGUGACUCGUAAUACAAACAACAGGUAUCGUAACACAUUGGACUGUCUGCGACUUCGGCUCAAGACGCUAUAUUCUUCUGUAUUUGAAUACAAAGCCAAGUACCUCGAUCCAAUCGACUGGAGGACCCGGGAACACAAUCAAGCUGCUGAUCACAUCGCUCAUUGCGUGCUCGCUGGAAGGGCCGACGUGGACACCUUGAGCUGCAAGGAUGUGGCAGGGCACUUGAAUGGCGCAGUGGCCUUGCAGCUGUUUUCGGAUGGCGGCUAUGUUCACGGAAUGGGGGCAGCAGCCUUCGUUGUUGUCGGCGUUUUCCAGUGUGACGCGGGCUUCCGCUCCAAGAUCAUCGGAGCUCGGGGGAGGUAUUUUCCGGAAUCGCAUUCCGCCUUUCAUAUGGAAGCUGAAGCGCUGGGGAUGGCGACGAAAUUCAUGAUCGACUUGGCGGAGAAGAUGGCGCGUCCACCGAAGCGGGCUCGAGCUAUGUGAUUGCUUACUCUUCAGCAACACGAUAAGUGGCGCUUUGCACAAAAAGUGGAG